AUGUGUACCAACUUAUAUGUAUGUAUGUGGGUACGCCUAUAUUACUUACUUAUGUAUAGAUAGGGUAGUUAUAACCAUUCAGUCUCGAAUUAAACCUCAUACGAAUCGAAUCAAGUGUUUGUGUCCAAUACCUAGAUUCCAGCCCCCUGUAUCCUGGACUUUAUAGUGGCGACGAGACGAUUAGAACCUACGGUCAUUACGUGUGUUAGGUAUUAUAACUUCUUGUUGUGCGCGAGAGAACGAUAACGCAAGUUUUUUUUUUUAUGGGUGAGGCGGCGGCGCGAACAAUGGCGGUCGGCAAGAUACCGGAAUUUAAAAUUGGAACGGAUAAUUGGAGGCUGUACAUAGACCGCUUAGAACAAUAUUUUUUAGUAAAUGAAAUUGAAACGACCUUGUAUGUGCCAACGUUAAUUACAGUGAUGGGGGCUGAGUGCUACGAACUUUUAGUGAAUUUGUGCACGCCCGAUAAACCGUCAACCAAAACGUUCGCACAGGUGACGUCGAUACUUGAAAAACAUUUACAGCCUAAACCGAGCAUCUUAGCUGAGCGUUUUAAGUUUAGACACAGGAAGCAAAGUGCGAACGAGUCCAUUUCGGAAUAUGUGGCCGUGUUAAAGCGUAUGUCGAAAGAUUGUGACUUCGGUACUUGGCUAGAGGACAGCUUGCGUGAUCAGCUGGUUUGCGGCCUGCAGAGUGAGACUAUACGCCAGCGGUUAUUUACAGAAGAAUCGUUGGACUUUGCGAAAGCGUACAAAUUGGCGGUCAGUAUGGAGGCGGCGGAAAAAGACUCGGCUCUCGUGGAGGGUCGCACGGGACCGGCGAGUGGAGCGGGCACCGUGGAGUGCCAAGCGAUGACCCCGCGCUGGGCGGGAGGCCAGGCGGGACAGCGCGCGGGCCGCGGGGCGCCUCGCGCGGGCCGGGGCGGCCGCGCUGGCGGCGGCGGCGGCGGCGGCGGCGGCCGGGGCAAGGCUCCGGCGCGCGGCGCCCAGCGGUGCGCGGCGUGCGGCGGCGCUCACGACAAGGCGGGAUGCCAAUUUGCACGUUACGUGUGCCGGGUAUGCAAUAGACAGGGGCAUUUAAAGCGUAUGUGCCCGAAUAUGGCGGAGCAAUACGAAGUGCAUGCCAACACUGUGAUGAAGGACGAUAAUAUGUUCAGUGAAGAUAGUGAUGAGUUCCAGAUUCUCUGAAGUGUUUGCGGACGGCCUGGGGCGGUUCAACGGUGGCAAGGUCAGCAUCCACCUGCGCGCGGAUGCCCGGCCCAUGUUCCUG